UAGUGGCAAGGAGAAGCUCGGCAAAAAGCGGAGCGGAUCGCGGAUCGCGGGAGGCCGGCGGGGGUUAGCGGCGGCCCAUCACGAGACCAACGGCUCGAACAUGAUAUCAUCACACCUGAAUUUCGAACUAAACAACAGACGAUAACUUGAGGUUUCCUGGUUUCCUUGUAUUAAGUAAACAUUUUCGAGUCAUUGCAGGAAUUUUCGAAUUCCCACCUGUGCAAAAACCUCAAUGGCGACCCCCAACGGCACCAGCUUCAUCCUCCCCCCCUCCGGGGCGCAGGGACUCGCCAACUACCCGCAUGCGCGCACCAUUGCCAGCACGGCCAAAACAAUCUUCGUCUCGGGAAUUUCCAGCCGGCGAGCCGAUGGCACCUUUGAAGGUUGUGAGACCAAGCCCGACGGGACUCAAGAGUUGGAUUGCGGCGUACAAACGGCGGCGGUGCUACGUAAUAUCGAAACCGUCAUCCGGGGCGCUUCCGACGGCAUUUGCGGGCUCGAGAACGUUGUCGACGCCACCGUGUUCUUGGUCGACAUUCGGCGCGACUAUGCCGCCAUGAACGCCGAGUGGAACAAGAUCUGGCCCGACCGCACCAAAGCACCGGCAAGGACCUGUGUCCAGGUUGCAGCGCUGCCCAACGAGAAGAUUCUGGUCGAGAUCAAAUGCCAGGCAGUGGUGUCGGAAUGGGCAAAGAACCCGUGGGGGGGGUCAUGAAGGGGUUGGUUGAAGUGGACUCGAUGAUUUGCAAAGGGUGGAAGGUUGACUACUGGUACCUAUGUCGAUCGCGACUUCCGGGUUGAAAACAUAAAGGCGGCAGAACUUGAGCCCUCAGCUGUGCAUAAUGGGGUUCCUCGGGGUCGGAGCGGUCGACCCGCUCAUGCUUGCGUUAGGUAGACUUAUCAAGAAGUACUACCCCAUAAGCAACGUGACAAGUUUGAGACCACAGCACCUGAUGUUGAGUUCAGCUCGCUUUCCAAUGCUACCUUGGCUGGACGAUCAACUUCGGGGGUGAAGAGUGAAGAAUGUCCCAGGUAGCGACGGAUACCGCUCGGGCUAUUCUUUGAUUCAUUC